CCAUAGCCAUUAGUACACCGCACGCCCCAUCACCAUUGUCACCACCCGCACGGCGUACUGAUACGAAAUCAAUCCUUCGCAAUUCAACAGUAGCAUGGCCACCCUCCAAUCUCUCAAGCAGGCACUCAGACAGAAAGCCACGUCCCCGACCAAGCCAUUGACCGACGAACAGUACAGCGCUGGCCUUGACAUUCUCCUUCAGGGCCCCGGAUGGACGAACUACCAAGACUUCAUAAUCCCUCAACUGUCGCAACUGCUAACCCCUCUUUUCAACUCGCGUGUCUGCACCUCGGUGCUGGAAGUAGGACCUGGCCCAAAGAGCGUGCUUGGGCACCUGCCUGACCCUCUGAGACGGAAGAUCACGAGAUACGCUGCAUUUGAGCCCAACGGCCUGUUUGCUGCAAAGUUGGAACAAUGGCUGUUGCCCAGCCCGGAGACGGAAUCACCGCUGCCUUGCCUACGAAGCCUGCCGGAUAUCUAUCAAGAGCCAUUUGCCUUGGACAGCUGCAAAGGGAGAAGCACCGGCAUCACAAAUGAUGACCAGGAACGAUUCGACGUCGUCCUCUUCUGCCACAGCAUGUACGGCAUGAACGGAAAACUACCCAAGCGCAAAUUCGUCGAACGAGCGUUGGAGAUGCUUGCUGUGCAACCCGAGGGCGGGGUGGUGGUGGUUUUCCAUCGCGACGGAACCCCGGGGUUUGACGGCUUAGUAUGCCAUCAGACGGUUCCGUUCCCUGCUGGCAUCGUUCGCGUGGUAGAUAACGACAAGGUGCUUGAUCGUUUCGCUGCUUUCAUCGCGGGUUUUGUCAUGCAAGACAAAGAUGCGGAUGAGGCCAUUCAUGCCGAGUGGCGUAAACUGUGCCGUGCCAUGGGUCGUCGUGAGGAAGCGCGCCCAGAUCAUCUCUUGUUCAGCGCGCCCGAUGUCAUGAUGGCUUUCACACAUCACGCGACAACGCUUCCGGAGCUGGAGGCACAGGUGCCAUUGGCCAAAGGGGACAAGAUUAUCAAGAGCUGGGAGGCUCGUCUCCACCGUCCGGCGGCGGUCGUCAGGCCAACAGAGAUUGGGCACGUCCAGCAGUGCGUUCAAUGGGCUCUGAAGCGCCGAGUCGGACUGACUGUCGUUGGCGGGGGUCACAGCGGACACUGUCUCUGGUCUCAUGUUGUUGCAGUCGACAUGGAAGCUUUUGAUCAGGUGCACAUUCUCCCUGCUGAGGUAGAUGGGAGAAAAUGCCACUCCAGUGCCCUUGCCUUCGUCGUUGCCGAAGCAGGCUGCAAGACGGGCGAUGUUAUCCGCAAGACCACGGCUGUGGGCUUAACAGUGCCUCUUGGUUCCCGUCCCAGCGUGGGCGCCGGGUUGUGGCUGCAAGGGGGCCUCGGGCAUCUCGCUCGACUGUACGGGCUUUCUUGUGACGCCAUUGUCGGUGCCGUGGUGGUGAGCGUUGACUCUGCACAAAUUCUUUGUCUCGGCCUUGUGCCGGGCCAGCACUGGCCGCCCGGUGCUGUGCGCCCCGAGAACGAUGCCGAUAUGUUGUGGGCGGUCAAAGGCGCCGGCACCAAUGCUGGCAUCAUUAUCAGCGCCGUUUUCGAGGCAUACGAGGCCCCGACAUACUUUGUUCGAAACUGGAUUGUUCCGCUGCGCGACAGCCUAGAAGCACGGCGCAGGCUUGACGAGUUUGACACGCUCGUCGCCAGCAAGCUCCCCCGGGCUUCUUCUGCAGACGCGUACCUAUACUUUGAUGCUGGCCGCUUGCAUCUUGGCGUGACCAUGAUCGAAACUCGCACUGGGCCUACCUCAAAUGCGUCCACGGCACCCACUCUCAUCGAGGCAACUCUCGGGCCGGAGUGCAGUUCCAGAGUCGUAGAUGGCAUUGGUCUGUUCGACGCCGAGAUGUACAUAUCCGUGCUGCAUGGCGGCCACGGCGGCGGCAAGACGUCGUCGUUCAAGCGGUGUCUCUUCCUAAAGCACAUCGGGUCCGCAGACGUGGCCGAGAUGUUGGUGAGAGCGGUGGAGUCGCGUCCCACGGCACUCUGCUAUCUCCAUCUGCUGCAGGGCGGUGGAGCGAUUGCCGACGUCGCUCCUGAGGCCGCGGCUUUCGGCUGUCGCGACUGGGACUUUGCUUGCGUCGUCACCGGCGUCUGGCCCCGCGACCAAGACGGAAGCGAAGACGCUCGAGCUGCCGUGCGGUGGGUUUACGACGUCGCCCGGGAUCUGCUGCCCCUGAGCAGCGGAGCCUACGCCGCGGACCUCGGGCCGGACCCUAGAGACUCGGCCCUGGCGGCCAGGGCUUUUGGACCGAACCGGCCGCGCUUGGCCCGUCUUAAACGCGGCGCAGACCCACGCAACUUGCUGGCCUAUGGCUGUCCGCUCCCGAAGGCGCCGAUGGAUCCCAAGCUGAUCAUCCUUGUCACGGGCGACAGCGGCGCCGGCAAGGACUACUGCGCCAAUGUCUGGGCCUCCGUGCUCAACAACAGCGCCCCUGUGACCGUGGCAGCGCGGGUCGUCAGUAUCAGCGACGCGACCAAGCGAGAAUAUGCGGCGGCCACGGGCGCUGACUCGAAGGCCCUGCUGCAGGACCGGGCCUACAAGGAGCAACACCGGCCAGCGUUGACGGCGUUCUUCCAGGAUCAGGUGCGGCGACGGCCUCGACUGCCGGAGGAGCAUUUCCUGGGCGUGGUGCACGGAGCCGUGGACGCGGACGUGCUGCUGAUCACCGGGAUGAGAGACGAGGCACCGGUUGCGGCCCUAUCGCAUCUAGUGCCAGACAGCAGAGUGCUCGAGGUUUGUGUUAAUGCCAGCGAAGAGACACUACGGGUCCGUCGAGGAUACCAAAGCGGUGAUGGAGACUGUGGCCUGCCGAACUCGACAAUCCUUGACUGGUGUUCCAGCUUUAGCUUCAACAACGACAGGGAUGGCAGUGAAGCGGCAGAGCAGUUUGCUCAACGGUGCCUUGUUCCCUUCCUCCACGAAGACAUGCAACGACUGGCCAGCAUGGUCCGCUCAGUGCCCAACUUUCCACGUCCGGGCAUCGAGUUCCGCCACGUCCUCGGCGUCUGCCGGCAGCCGGGAGGAUUGGCUCUGUGCACGAGGCUACUGCAGGGCCAGCUUGGCGGCGACUGGACCAAAACCGAUGCGGUGGUUUGUUGCGAGGCCGGAGGCUUUGUCUUCGCGUCGCCGCUUGCUGAACGAGUUGGUGUGCCCUUGGUGCUGGUUCGGAAGGCUGGCAAGCUCCCGCCACCCACCGUCUCCGUGGUCAAGCCGCCGUCGCAUGUGUCACGGCCUGCAUCCCACGCAUCCACAGAGAAGAGGAUCGAGAUGGACCGGGAUGCCGUCCGAAGAGGCGCAUCAGUGGUGGUGGUGGACGAUGUUCUUGCCACGGGGGAGACGCUCUGCGCAGUCUUGCAGUUGCUGGGAGAGGUUGGCAUCAGUGCUGAGAAGAUCGGCGUCAUGGUCGUAGCAGAGUUUCCUGCCCAUCGUGGCCGGCAGCUGCUGCGUCAUCGCGGCUUUGGAAGAGUCGAUAUCCGGAGCCUCCUCAUCUUUGGAGGUGUUUGAGAGCCGAA